AUGCUGGAAAAUUGAUGACAGGUUUGGGACAAGUACAGUUGAAGUUGGGGGAUUUGAGAAGUGCACAGUCAAACUUCGAUAAGGUUUUGGAGAUUUACCCUGAUAAUUGUGAGACAUUGAAAGCUCUUGGGCACAUAUACGUUCAGCUUGGCCAGACUGAGAAGGCCCAGGAAUUUAUGAGGAAGGCUACCAAAAUUGACCCACGUGAUUCUCAGGCAUUUUUUGAGCUGGGGGAAUUGUUAAUUUCAUCUGACACAGGAGCAGCUCUGGAUGCCUUCAAAACUGCUCGCAGUCUUUUGAAAAAGGGAGGUCAAGAAGUACCAAUUGAAUUGCUUAACAAUAUUGGAGUUCAUCAUUUUGAAAGGGGAGAGUUUGAGCUUGCUGAACAAUCUUUCAAGGAGGCUCUAGGUGAUGGAGUUUGGCUUCCUUUCAUUGAGGGUAGUGACAAGUUCCAAGAGAUUGAUGCUAGUGCAUCUGUUCUUCAAUACAAGGACAGGCAAUUAUUUCAUCGACUUGAAGAUAGUGGUCGCCAUGUGGAACUACCUUGGAAUAAAGUCACACCGCUAUUUAAUCUUGCCAGAUUACAAGAGCAGUUACACAAUGCUGAAACUGCAAGCAUUUUGUACCGACUAAUCUUAUAUAAGUAUCCAGACUAUGUUGAUGCUUAUCUGAGACUUGCUGCCAUUGCAAAAGCACGAAACAAUGUUCAAUUAAGCAUCGAACUGGAGAGGACAAUACAGAUUCAAUUCUAAAUACACUCCUUACAUACUCGACUCUUGAAACAUCUCCUCAAGAACAGCAACAUAUUGAUUCUGAUAAUUACUCUUUGGAUUGUGAUGGGAGCUUUCUGGAUGGUUUCUCUGAUGUUGACAGUUGGUCUGACAAUGAGGAAAUCACAAAUACCGUGUUUGAUGAGGAUAAUAAAUUGUCAUCCUUAAUGAGUAUGGGGUACACAAGAGAUGAGGCUUCAAUAGCAAUGGAGAGAUGUGGU